UAUAAACGGAAGUGAACAGUGACCAAGAAUAAUUUCCACAUUAGCGUUUGUCGUUAUUUAGCCGUGCAUUAACACAUUGUAAUUCAAAAUAUGACACAUUUAACAGCAUAACAUACACCAGGUAGUGUCUAAUUCACGUUGGAGACCGGACUUGGUUGAUAAUUGUUCUCGGUAACUACUAACGUUAGCUAGCGAACAAUGGAUCAAUGUAUGGUUUUUCACACUCAAAUAGCCUCCAUCAUGGAGGUGCUAGCGAAUGCAGCCGUGGCAGAGAUCUGUAAACUCGUAGACGACGACUAUGCAGUGUUUCGUUUGGAAAUCACUCAAAGCCAGAAAGAAAACAGGGCAAUGCGGAGGAAACUACAGCUACUGGAACUGAAGGUAUCACGGGAGCGCGUCCUCGCCAGUCGUCCCAGAAGUGUCAAGAUCCUCGACCGAUACAGAGGAAUGGCAAGAGGUGAAGGACAUCUCACUGGAGGCCACAGGAGCUUUGUGAAGCCAGUGGGACACAAUACAUGGCGAGAUGACCAACCAAUCACUGUUGAUGAGGGGAGUGGAACCUCAACCCAGCAUGUGAUUGUGAUAGAGUCGGCACAUGCAGAGGCCUCAGGUCCUGGAAGAUUCUCUCUGGUCAAGCAGGAGAGGACUGAAGGAGAGGACCCACGAGACAGCAGACACAUCCAGACUGGAAAAGAGGCUGGAGUGGAACUCCCUUCGCCCCAGCCCAGGACCCGACGAAACAUCACUGAGGAGGAGGAAGAAGGUCCAGAGGUGCAGCUGGUAAAGGAGGAGGGUUUGGGGAACCCUGAGGGGACCAUGGUCAUGGAGGACAACCAGACUACACCUCCUCCUGAACCCACAGAGGAACCAGCUGAGCAGCACAGGACCACACACAGUCUCACUGAGUCAGUAGACAUGGAGGAUGGGAAGCCUGAUCUGCUGAUAGUCAAAGAGGAGACAAUAGAAGACGGACCCGAGAGCAUUGAUCUGCUGAGUGGACUAAAGAUGGGGGAGCAAGGUGAUUGGAUGGAGGCUAAAAGAGGAGACUGGACAGCCAUCUCUGAUUCCCAGACCGGUGCAGCCAAGGGCCCAGGGGACAACAUCACAGAGCAGGCCAGGACCAGAGGCGAGUCUGCGGUCCAUGAGGACCGGCUGAUGUCCGGUGUUGCUGACGGGAGAGCCUGGACCUCUGAAGCAGCUGGUCAAAAACCCUGGCCCCAGAUCAGAACCCUGGAUCAGGAGCCGUUGCUCUUCUUUCCCGAGUCGGAACUAGGACUGAACCACGAGGGACAGAGACUCCAUCACCACACAGAACACAACCAGUGGACAGGUGGACUGAACAACCUCAGUCCUGGUGGUCAUCCGAGAGACCGAGGCUCCAGUCAGGGAUCCAGUCUGCAGGCCAAACCCUUCUCUUCACAGUCUCAGUGCAGGGAUGAAGCAGGACCUGGGGCUGAUAGAGAUAGACCCUCCUGUUCCUAUGAUACAAACACCACAGUAUCCAUGAUGAACAGAGCAGGUCACCCUGGGCUUCAGCCUUCACAGAGAGUGGUAGGAGACCCUCCUGGCAGUAGUCUAUCAGCAAGUCUGUCUUCUCCUUCAGGAUCUUGUCUAAUGCCUGGUGAAUGGGUUCAGGGGAAGCCUGGGUCCAGCCUUCCUCAGCUACCUCAUGGUUACCCCACAAAUACAGACAGGGCCAGGAUGGGCGUUCACCACAAGAGGUACCUAGCCUAUAACACAGCACACAAUCCCAACAACACCCAAACAAUGGGCAGAGGUCAAGGAGGGAGCUCAAAGACUAACCACCUAAGGGUGGUGGCUUCUGCUUCUACCUCCUCUGGUGUCAUUGGGUCACAACAUGGGAGGCCGAGCAUUAGAACGGACGCCGACAAGCCGUACGCCUGCCCCACGUGUGGGAAGCGCUUCGCUGAGGCGAGCUAUGUGAAGAAGCACCAGACCGUUCACACCAAGGAGAAGCCCUUCAAGUGCAAACUAUGUUACAAGAGCUUCUCCUUCCUGAGUAACCUUAUCAGACACAGGAGUGUCCACAAUGUGGAGAAAUUGUAGCAGUGUGGCUUGAGAUGUACACAGGGGAUAUCUGGGAACCAUUUUUUAGCUGACAUAUUAUAGUUAUCGUGUGAAGUGUCUUUGGGUAAGAGAGUAAUUAACCACAUAUCCCUCAUUAACCCUUUGUUAAUUUGUCAAUUGAAACAGGCUUGUGUAAAUCUGUUUUUAGAGAGACAGUAAACCUAGGCUAGAACAAGGACCAUUGUUUUACCUUACUGAGGUGAUGUAGAUGGAAUAAAUUAAUCAUUUUCUCUUCUACUCUAUUCUUGCUAACACACUGUUCUUUCUAAACAAGUCUGCGCUCAGCUCGAAAGAUAAAAUAUCCUAUUAUUGCUAUGUGUAAUGUACACUGAACUAAAAUAUAAAAAGAUCCCAGAAAUGUU